GAGAUUUGCAGAGAAAAUUUUCGAGGGAGAAAUUGGAGUGUUUCAGUUUCAGAAACAGUCACCACUCACCAAUGGACGCGCAUCACGCAUCUCUUGGUCGACGAACGCUGGAGGAAAUUCGGCAGAAGAGGGCUGCAGAGAGAUUGAGCAAAACUUCCUCCGGACCAGAUCUUACUAAAGUUCCAACCCCUAAUGAUUCUCCUUCAAUUAAGAAGUCAGAUAGUGAAAUUAGACUCUCUGAGGCCGAUGUCAGUGGUUUAGUUUCUCAACUAAAAGACUUGCAGAAGAAGAAUACUGAAUUGGAAGAAAACAACAAGACAUUAUCCUUGAAGCUCCAAACCAACGAAGUUGAGAAUGAAACGCUACAAAGUCGCCUAAAUGAACUGGAAGGGAACAUUGUACCGUCUCUAAGAAAGGCUCUUAAGGAUGUUGCAAUGGAGAAAGAUGCAGCUGUUGUUGCACGGGAGGAUCUUUCAGCCCAACUUCGGACACUUAAGAAACAUCUGAAGGAAGCGGAAGAAGAACAAUACAGAGCUGAGGAAGAUGCAGCAGCUUUGAGAGCUGAGCUGAACUCGCUGCAGCAACAAGCACUAGGUGGUCCACUUAGUGGGAUAAGCUCCAUGGGAAUUUCACCAGAUCAAAUACAAGCACUAGAAAAGGAGUUAGCUGCCUUGAAGUCUGAAUUACAGCAAGAGUCAGUGCUGAAACAGCAAGAGAGACAACAAUUGGCAGAGGAGCAAACCCGAGUUUCUGCCCUUUUGUCUGAAAAGCAGGAAUUGGAAGAGAAAUAUAGUAUUCUAUCCAGAAAGGCCUCAGAAGAAGCCACGGAAAGGGUAAACUGCAAAGAAUUUAAAGUGGAAGAUAAGGACAGAGUUGAGAAGCAGUUGCAUGAUAUGGCUGUUAUGGUGGAGAGGCUUGAAGGCAGUAGACAAAAACUUCUAAUGGAGAUUGAUAGCCAAUCUUCAGAGAUAGAGAGACUUUUUGAAGAGAACUCUAAUCUCUCGUCUUCUUAUCAAGAGGCUAUGGGAAUGGCAAAGCACUGGGAAAAUCAGGUAAAAGACUGUCUGAAGCAAAAUGAAGAGCUCCGUAUGGUUCUAGAUAAGUUGAGAUCCGAACAAGCUACUUUACUUUCUACAACUGACAAAGAGAUUCUGGGAGGCUUGUCAGAACUUCAUAAAGAUGGAACUAUUCAAACCAAUUCCCAGACAAAUACAAGUGAAAUUCUUUCCCUCAAGGGUCAACUUGCAAAAGAACAAAGUAGGGCAGAGGCACUAUCAGCUGAAGUCAUACAACUUUCAAUACGUCUCCACCAAACAGCUCAAGCAUAUAACAAUCUCGCACGCCUCUAUAAGCCUGUACUAUGGAACAUAGAAAGCAGUCUUACCAGAAUUAAGCAGGACGGUUUUGUCACCGUGCAGUGAAUGCAAAUAUGCUUCAUGUUGCAAAUUCCUAUCGUCAAGGGAUCUUGUGUCAUAUCAGAAACAUUUUUGCAGUGGAAAGUAUCAAAAACAUCUAAAGAAAUAAUUGAUCAUUUC